UACCGGGCUUAUCAUUUAUUCCGGUCUUAUGGUAUACCCGAAGAAAAUAUCAUAAUUUUUCAUUACGACGACAUCGCGUAUAAUAAACAAAACCCGACCCCCGGUAUUGUCAUCAAUGAGUACAACGGCACCGAUGUCUAUAAGGGUGUCCCAAAAGACUACACCGGAAAGGAUGUCAACCCUAGUAAUUUAUUAGCCGUACUACAGGGUGACCAAGAGUUAGCUAAAAGGGGCAAAAAGGUGGUGAAUAGUGGACCUAACGAUCAUAUAUUCGCAUAUUUUGGUGACCAUGGAUUUCCGGGCGGUGUAAGUUUUGCAACAGGUUCACUUUACGCAACUGAGUUAAACGCGGCUUUGAAGCGUAUGCACCAGGAUAAUAAAUUUGCAAAAUUAGUGUUUUACAUUGAUACAUGUGAAUCUGGUUCAAUGUUCUAUAAGCUGUUACCCGACAAUAUUAAUGUCUAUGCCGUAACCUCAUCAACUCCCACUGAACCUAGCUACUUUUGGAAAUAUGAUAAAACUUUAAAAACUAUGAUUGGAUCAUGGUUCGCUGACCAUUGGUUAAUAGAUGAUGAAACAAAUGACCUGGAGCAUGAAACAUUUGAUGAGCAAUUUAAAUAUUUUGCUGACUUAUGGAAUGUUACUGAUCCAGAUGCCCCUGGUGAACAAUAUGCACAACGUUAUGGCAAUAUGACAUUUGGAAAAUUGCAUAUAUCUGAAUUUUUAGGACAUAAACCACAUAAUAGUGUCUUAAUUGAUCAAGCAAGAGAUUCUGAGCAACAUUAUAGUGCGGUUAACAAAUGGGAUGUCUCUCUGUAUUUACUUCACAGACGUAUUGAUGAGACUAAUGAUGUGUUAGAAAAACAAAAAUAUACCGAAGAGUUGGAGGGUUUACUAAAUGCCAGACACUAUGCGGACAAACAUAUGACUGAAUACGUGAAUAGUAUUCAACACUUAAUACCAAACAUCGCAACCAAUGCUAUACUCCAUACGAAACAAGAGCUCAAUAAUCAUGAAUGUUAUCAAAAACUGGUCAACACUUUCAAUGAACACUGUUUUAACUUAUCACAAAAUACAUACCUAUUGAGAAAAAUGCAAAUAUUUGUGAAUAUCUGCGAAGAAAUGCGUGACUCGACAAGUGCUAUACCACUAAGCGCGCAAUUGACCCAGGCUAAUAACGUAACAAAAUGGGUGCUACUAUGCGCUGGUAGUAAUGGAUGGGAGAAUUAUGCUGACCAGGCACUGGUAUACCGAGCCUACCAUAUGUUCAGGUCGUAUGGCAUACCUGAAGACCAUAUAAUUAUUUUCCAUUACGACGACAUCGCUUAUAACAGCGAAAACCCGACACCCGGUAUAGUAAUCAAUGAGAUCGGAGGUCCCGAUGUCUAUAAGGGUGUCCCAAAAGACUACACCGGAAAGGACGUCACCCCUAAAAACUUUUUGGGGGCACUAACUGGCGAUCAGCAAUUGGCUGACCAAGGUAAAAAAGUAAUUAAAAGUGGACCAAACGAUCACAUAUUUGCUUACUUCGGUGACCACGGAUCAAAUGACCUGGUAUCAUUUGCCACGGGCAUUCUGUAUGCUAAAGAUUUAAAUAACGCGCUCAUUGAUAUGCAUAGCAAACAAAAAUUCGCCAAGCUUGUAUUUUAUAUAGAUACGUGUCAUUCAGGUUCCAUGUUUUACAAGCACUUGCCUGAUAAUAUCAAUGUAUACGCGGCCACGUCAUCCCUGCCCACUGAGGACAGUUGGUUCUGGAAUUACGAUAAGACACGUGGCACAUAUUUAAGUGCAUUCUUUGCAAACAAUUGGCUAGAAAAUGAUCAGAACUUUGAUUUGACCAAGGAGACCUUUCAGGAGCAGUAUAAAUAUUUCGCUGAUAGAUAUAAUGUAAGUGGUGCAACUCAGCAUGCUCAACACUACGGCGAUAUGUCACUGGGCAACUUAUAUGUAUCGGAAUUUUUAGGUCAUAAACCUUCAAAACAGUUACAGCAAACUGUUGAUAAAUAUGCACAAAAUUAUGAUGCAAUUAGCAAAUGGGAUGUUUCACUGGAUUUACUACAGAGACGUAUUAAAUUUACAAAUGACUUGCAUUUGAAGAUUAAGUAUACCGAAGAGUUGGAGCAUUUUCUUAAGGCCAGACAGUAUGCGGACAACCAUAUGACUGAAUACGUGAAAAGUAUUCAACACUUAAUGCCAAACAUCGCAACCAAUGCUAUACUCCAUACGAAACAAGAGCUCAAUAAUCAUGAAUGCUAUCGAAAACUGGUCGACACUUUCAAUGAGAAUUGUUUUAAUCUAGCUCAAAACACAUACCUAUUGAGAAAAAUGCAAAUAUUUGUGAAUAUUUGCGAACAAAUGCGUGACUCGAGUGAUGCGGACAUUGCUGUCAACCGAUUGAUACAACACUGCGAAAGCAAUGCUAAUCAAGAGUUUCAUAAAAUCUUAUAAACUUUGAAAAUGUCUUAAAUUUUUAUUAUAAUUCUUAAAUUACUAUCAAAUUUAC